UGCUCCCGUCCAGCCCGUGCCCUCGCCGCCAUGGUCGCCGUGCCCACUGCCUGGUGCUCCGUCGCCCUGGCCCUGCUCGUGGCCCUGCACGAAGGCAAGGGCCAAGCGACCGGCUCCCCGGAGCACCCGGCCCCCUCAGCCCGGACGCGAGGCUCCCACCUGCGGCCGCGGCGCUGUUCCUGCAGCUCCUGGCUGGACAAGGAAUGUGUCUACUUCUGCCACCUGGACAUCAUCUGGGUGAACACACCCGGACAGACAGCUCCUUACGGCCUGGGAAACCCGCCAAGACGCCGGCGCCGCUCCCUGCCAAGGCGCUGCGAGUGCUCCGGGCCCAGGGACUCCGCCUGCGCCACCUUCUGCCACCGACGGCCCCGGACGACAGCCGCCGCAGUCCCGGGCAGUCGGCCCCCUGCCACCAACAAGCUCCAGGCUGGCACCCCUUGGACCCGUGCAGAAGAGCUCCUCCAGCGGCUGAGGGACAUUGCCACAGCCAAGAUCCUCCUGGCCUCGAGGGACCCCAGGCCCGCACAGUCCCGGUGGAGGACGAGAUAG